AUGUCUAAUAAGCAUUUGAUUAAUUCUGUAAAUGAUUGCGUUCGGGAAAGCAUGUACGGUUUUGCCAAAUUAAAUAAAAAUAUAUCCGUAGAUUUUGAUAAUAAUAUUGUUUUAAACAUGAAUGUAGAAAAAAAUAUGAAUAAAAUAUGUUUAAUAUCAGGAGGUGGUUCAGGACAUGAACCUUUUCCAGCAGGUUACGUAGGUACGGGAAUGUUAACGGCAUCAAUUUCUGGUUCAAUUUUUGCUUCUCCGCCAUCUUUAAAUAUUUUAAAAGCUAUACGUUGGGCUUCGAAAAGAUUCGAUGAAAUUUUAUUGAUUGUACCAAAUUACACGGGAGACGUUUUAAAUUUUGGUCUUGCUGUAGAAAAUGCAAAUUAUUAUGGUAUUCCGGUAAAAAGUUUCGUCGUGGGAGAAGACGUUGCACAAGAAGUUUUCGGUGUUAAAAAUAAAACAGGUAAAAGAGGAACUUGCGGUUUGAUUUUUAUAAUUAAAAUAGCAGGUUACAUGAUAGAGAAAGAAUACGAAAUGAAUUCGAUAAUAAAACAUUUAAAUGAAAUAUUAAAUUCAAUGGCAACAAUGGGAUUAUGUUUGUCAUCUUGCAGCAAACCUGGAACCGGAAUACUUUUUCACUUGGACGAAAACGAAUUGGAAUUAGGAGUGGGAGUUCAUGGAGAAAAAGGCGUGAAAAGGUUAAAACGAUUGACGGCAAAAGAAGGAGUUGAAGAAAUAUUAAAACGUUUAAUCGAUUAUUUGAAUUUGAAAGAUGGAGACGAAGUCAUCGUCAUGAUAAAUAAUUUGGGAUCGGUUACACAUCUUGAAAUUUGGUUGUUGGUAGGAGAAGUGGAAAAACAACUCGAACGAUUACGAAUAAAAAUCAUUAAAAUUUAUUCGGGUUUUUUUUUCACGUCUUUAAACAUGAACGGAUUUCAAAUAUGUUUGUUGAAAAUGGACGAAAAAUAUAAAAAUUUAUGUUUGGAUGCAUUAAAUCAUCCGACUAAUGCUUCCGCUUGGUCUAACAACAUAAUAAUCGAUUCGAAAAUUGUUGAAGAUGUUGAGGAUGUCGAAGAGUUGGAAGAUGAAGACAUAAAUCGAUUUGACGAUUCGAUUCGAGUUUUAUCGAAGGAAACCGUUGAAAUUUUAAAAGAAUGUUUUAUCGAUAUAUCGAACGAAUUAAUCAAAGAAGAAAAUUAUUUAAAUCAAUUGGAUGGUUAUUGCGGUGAUGGUGAUUGUGGAAGCACAUUUAAAUCAUUAGCAUCUGGAAUACUUGAAAAAAUUAUGAAAAACGAAUUGAAUUUUUCUAAUCCGGAAAAUUUAUUCACGCAAUUGUCUUUGAUUGUACAAAAAAAUGUCGGUGGAACAACGGGUGCACUUUACGGUUUAUUUUUCAAAGGUAUCAGUCAAGAAUUAAAAGAACAACAAAUGGAAGACUAUGAGAAUUUAUCGAUUGUAGUAGCUAAAGCCUGGAGAAGAGGAAUCGAAACGAUUAAAAGAUACAGCACAGCGAGGAUAGGAGAUAAAACGAUGCUUGAUGGAUUGGAAACUGCUUGCGAGAAAUUUGAAAAAGAAGUAAAGAAACCAUUUUGUAACAUGAUGAAAGCAUUCGAAGGAGCCACUUUGGCAUCGGAAAAUGCAUGCGAAAGAACAAAACAAUUGAGUGCCACUGCUGGAAGAGCAAGUUACAUCGAUCCAUUAAAACAAAAUACAAUAGAUCCAGGAACUUAUGCUGUUAAAAUCUGGAUGAUGGCUAUAUUAAACGUUUUAAAAAAAAAAAUUUUCCCAACUGAAUAA